AUGGAAGCUACAUCACAGCCGUUUAUGUCUCAGAGUUACCUUACCGCUCAAGAAACCGCGACAAGGGCAACGAAAAAUUACCUAACUUCGCUCCAUUCGACCCGAAAGCAACCUUCAAAGCCCUUGAAAAGGCCUGCAACAUCAUCUCCUUUACAGCCAAUGCAUCCCCAAGUUUACCGUGUCGAGCCAGUAAACUUCAAAGAGUUGGUUCAGAGGCUCACCGGUGCACCUGAGCAUGAGGCUGUGGCUAAACCGCUUGAGAGUUUGGAUGAUGCAGCAAAGGAAAGUUCUUCGUCGUUUGCGUUUGAUCUAUCAUCGUCGCCAUGGAGAGAUUUAUCACUUCAAAAUCCUGCAAAUCUCUCCAGAUGGUAG